AUGGAGGGCGCCGAGGCGGCCGCCCGCGCCAGCAGCAGUUCCAGCUCCAGCCCCGCGCCGCCCCGCUGCUCCUCCUGCGGCCCCGGCCCGCCCGGCGGCGAGGCGGCGGCGGCCAUGGAGGAGCCGGUCCGGGCGGCUCCGUCCCCGGAGGUAACGGCGGCGAGGAAGCAGCAGGGGGUGAAACGGCAUCACCACAAGCACAACCUGAAGCAUCGCUACGAGCUGCAGGAGACCUUGGGCAAAGGCACCUAUGGCAAAGUCAAGCGGGCCAUCGAGAGGUUCUCUGGCAGAGUGGUUGCAAUAAAAUCCAUUCGUAAGGACAAAAUUAAGGAUGAACAAGAUAUGGUUCACAUCAGACGGGAGAUUGAGAUCAUGUCAUCCCUCAGCCACCCUCAUAUCAUCACCAUAUAUGAAGUGUUUGAAAAUAAAGAUAAAAUUGUGAUCAUCAUGGAGUAUGCAAGUAAAGGAGAGUUGUACGAUUACAUCAGUGAGAGGCGGCGAUUAAGCGAAAGAGAGACAAGACACUUCUUCCGACAAAUAGUCUCUGCUGUGCAUUACUGUCACAAGAAUGGUGUUGUCCACAGAGACCUAAAAUUGGAAAACAUUCUUCUUGAUGACAAUUUUAAUAUUAAGAUUGCUGAUUUUGGACUCUCCAACCUUUAUCAUAAAGACAAGUUUUUGCAGACCUUUUGUGGAAGCCCACUGUAUGCUUCCCCUGAAAUAGUUAAUGGACGGCCUUACAGAGGCCCAGAGGUUGACAGCUGGGCCCUUGGUGUAUUGCUUUACACUCUGGUUUAUGGAACGAUGCCCUUUGAUGGCUUUGAUCACAAAAAUCUCAUCAGGCAGAUCAGCAGUGGAGAAUAUCGUGAGCCAACACAGACCUCAGAUGCUCGUGGUCUUAUCAGGUGGAUGCUGAUGGUGAACCCUGAACGCCGAGCAACCAUUGAAGAUAUUGCCAACCACUGGUGGGUUAACUGGGGCUACAAGAGCAGUGUCUGUGACUGUGAUGCCAUGAGGGACUCUGAGUCCCCACUGCUGGCAAGGUUCAUUGAUUGGCAUCACCGUUCUACUGGCCUCCAACCAGAGACUGAUACCAAAAUCAAGUGCCUUUCUAAGCCCAAAGGUCCUGAAGUCACACUAGAGAGACAAAGGUCUCUGAAAAAAUCAAAAAAGGAAAAUGACAUUUCACAGUCCAUCCAGGAAGGAGGAGCUGAAAAUGCAACCAAACCAACCUCCAAGAGACCCAAAGGCAUCCUGAAGAAAAGGAGCAACAGUGAACAUCGCUCUCACAGUGCAGGUUUCAUUGAAGGAGUUGUCAGCACAGUGUUACCAUCUGCUUUUAAGUUGGAGCAAGAGUUGUGUAGGACUGGUGUGGCCAUUAAAAGUGUUGUAGAGGGAGAGGUAGCUGGCAAAUAUGGCACUAAGCAGUCUUCACUAAUGCCAAAAAAAGGAAUCUUAAAGAAAACUCAGCAGAGGGAGUCUGGCUAUUACUCCUCUCCAGAAAGAAGUGAAUCUUCUGAACUCUUGGACAAUAAUGAUGAGACAGUAAACAGUGACACUUCUCCAGGGGUCACAGAGCCAUCCAGAAAUGGGUCUUACAGCCAUUCCUGCAGGCGUAAAGGCAUCUUGAAACAUAACAGCAAGUAUUCUACCAACAGCAUUGAACCUGCUUUGAUCAGCUCUGACACACCAACGCUGGAGGCCAUGGAAGAAAUGGUCUUGCCUGGGGACGCAUUACCUCGAAGUUACAGUCGCCCUUCCAGCGUAAUUAGUGAUGACAGUAUUUUGUCCAGUGACUCAUUUGAUUUGCUGGAUUUGCAAGAGAACAGGCCAAACAGGCAGAGAAUACGGAGCUGUGUCUCUGCUGAAAAUUUUCUCCAGAUCCAAAACUUUGAAGGACUUCAGAACCGCCCACGGCCACAGUAUCUAAAGCGUUACCGCAACCGUCUGGGGGACAGCAGUUUUUCUCUUCUCACAGACAUGGAUGAUGUGACUCAGGUCUACAAGAAAGCCCUAGAGAUCUGCAACAAGCUCAACUAGCAGAGGCAAGAUGGAAAAGGGAGGGAAGGGAGUUAUUUGUGUACCUUUAUGAUGGAGUAAGCCAGGUCACUGAUUUGCUGACAAUGGUAGGUUUUGAUUCAAAGGAGCUGACUGUACCUACUUAGCUGAACUCCAAGUAAAGUUACCCCAAAGCCAUCUCACACUUCUCUAAUUUUGUGUCCUCAAAAUAUUACCUACCUGACCAGAGAAAAACCUUUGGUCUUUGUAUCUGUGAUGAAAGCACAUCAGGAGCUAGCAGACAAAAGCAUCAAGACUUGAUGGCUCAAAGUCAAAGCUAGACAGAGUUAAAACUGGAAGUGAGGGACACACAUUUUGAGAGGUUUGUAAUUAAUGUUAGAUAAGCUUAUUGAAGAGAUGAGCUGAAUUCUUUAAGUCAGAUUUGGAUGCCUUUUAGAACAAGAGGCUUUAUUUCCCUCUGAAGUUAUUUGUCUGGGUAUUGUGAUUGCUCAGUGGGAAUCUUUGGCUUGCAUUAUGCAGGACACCAGGCGAAGUGGUCAUCAUGGUCCCUUCCAGCAGAGUGACUUGAGAGGUUCUGAACAUGUUGUAAGAUAAUUUUAGAGACUUACCCAAGAAAAUCCUCAUGAGGUGGUUGUGGACAAGCAAUGGAGCAGGCAUUCAUAUCUAGACCUUCCACAGUGACCAGACCCAUUGCUCUUCAGUGGGUAGAAAGUUCUAAAAUUGUUUCCAACUACCAGCAAAAACAGAGCCACAGAAAUGGUAAUGGCAACUGGAAGGAAUGGAUGUUAUCAGCAGCUAAAUGACCUUUUAAGGCAUUUCAAUCCAUAUGUUCAAUCUGUGACUCUUUCGAAAUAGCCAGCUUGAUGAAUGCCCAGAAAGAGAUGGAUCUGACAAAGGGUGCCAACGGUUAACUGACCCUCCAGUCUAGAGUUCAGUCACUAUCAGCAAAUUGUGCCACCUUGCUGCUACCUUGUAGUAUUUGGGGGUGACGGUAGUUUGCAACCAGAAUGUUAGGUAACAAAAAGGUUGUAGAAUGUAGGAAAUGGAUAGAGGUCAGAAAGUUAAUGGGAAGAUGCCUUUCUGCAAAUGAAAAUGUGUUUAGGUUGGUGUUAACAGAGCAGAAAGAACUGAAUGAUGAAAUGAUAACGGUAGAUUUAAUGACAGAGUUAGCAUAAAGUUGUGGGGCAGCCUCUAUCUAGUGUAGCUGGUACUGAGUGUGCAAUGAUACUAGUUUGAAAAAAAAAAAAAAGGAUAUGCAUUUGUGUUCUCAGACAUAUCCAGCCAUCCAGACCUUAGGCUUCAACUCCCAUAAAGGUACCAUGUGGGUCUACUGGAUUACCUGAAUGUAAGCCUAUGUCAGAAAGGCACUGUGUGUUUGACAGGCCUGGGCAAACUGGAAUCUUCAGGCCCAUUUCAGUCUCAUUUCCAUGAGCACAUAGUCCCUGGCUUUCUUGGAGGUGCACUCGUGUGAUUAAAUCACAGGUUUCAGCUGAUGAUGUCAAAUGAUCCACAGCUGCAAAACUUGUAUCCACACUCAUACCCAGAGCAGGGGGGCAUGGGACAAGUUCUGAUCUCACUCCUGCCCUGUAAAUGGAACUGUAAGCAGAGUUUGACCCACUGUGUCCCAAAUUGUAAAGAUGGUGCAGAAACUGAAUAGAGUUCCUCUGGGGAUUCCUUGGGAAUUGGGGAUAAGUCCAUAUAUCGAUGGCAUCUGGGACCAGGAGCAAUUUCAUUUGCAGAUUCCUCUUAUUCAGUGUGUCAUGGUACUUAAGUCUGCUGGUUCCUCCUAAAAAUCAAUUGGGCUACUUAGCAUAAAGAUGAACCAGCUUGAGUUUCCUAAAUCAGUUAAUCUGUGGAGAACCUUUACCUUUUACUUAUCCACUUACACUGGACCAAAUUUGACUCUGAAGUAAACGGCGUCA